CCUUCCGCCGCCGUCAAGGGCAUCGGCGACUAACGUUAGCUCCGACUCAAGCCAGCGGCGGCUCCUCACACGUGUUUGCUAAGAAACAAGAAACCCGGUGAAAAGCAAUGGACGGGUUCGGCUCCGACUUCUCGGCGGGCGGGUCGGGCGGGAAGAUGGACACCGGCACCAUCAUGGAGCAGGUCAAGGUCCAGAUCGCGGUGGCUAACGCGCAGGAGCUGCUGCAGAGGAUGACAGACAAAUGCUUCAAGAAGUGCAUAGGAAAACCUGGAAGCACACUGGACAACUCUGAGCAGAAAUGUAUUGCCAUGUGUAUGGACCGGUAUAUGGAUGCCUGGAACACCGUGUCCCGGACGUACAACUCCAGACUACAGAGGGAAAGGGCUCGCAUGUGAACAUCCCUCUCUUCGGCCCCUCCGUCUCCCCCAGACUGCUGCUUCCAGUGUGGAGGAGCACAGUGCACCGCUGGAGGUCACGAGCUGUGCACGAAGGUAUAUGUCGUGGCAGCAACAACUCCUGUCACCGUACCUCACAGACAGGCAAGGAGGGCCUGUGGACUCUAGCCAUAACAAUGUGUCUGUGGACUUUUUUCACUUUGCUCUGAGGAACAGUUCAGUGUCCAAGUUUGAUUCAUUUUAUUUUCAUGUUAUAAUAAUAAUAAAUUCUCUGGUUAACAAGUAAGCGUGCACUGUUACAAGCUGCAAUGUGAUCAUGAGCGUGAAUACGUUUUCUUUACAUGUCACACAACCUUCAUCUGGCACAGUGCAUGCUGGGAUAUGCUCUAGCCACCAAUGCUCCAGAAUUGUAUAAGCAAUAAAACACAAAGUAAACAUGUUGUUGGAAUGAGGCAUACAUUGGCAAAUUA